CACCAUAGCUACACGUCGUGUGUGGCCAUGCCAACCAGCAUUACCGGUGCCACCAAAAUGGCAACAAAUCUAUGAUGAACCCUACUCGAAUCGAAGGAUCUAUAUGCGGCGCGGUGCUUUCAAAGAGAUCGGUGGCAGCAUGGAAAGUUGCAGCGGCUUGUCCUGCUUCGGGGCAAAGGAGUCUAUCUAGCAAAACUAUUGCUCCAGGCAUAGGACCAAAGCCUCAAGAGCAGCGUCUGAAUGCUUGUACGAAAAGCUCUGCCUGGAUACUUUCGACCUUUGCCCCUGGAGUCCAACCACACAGGCUCCCUACGACAGCCCGACUGUCUCUUCGCAACGCACGAUUCUCUUCAACGCAAAGCACCGCGCCACCGGAACCCAAUACAACUUCGGUUGAUACCGACACGAAGAAACCAUCAUAUAUACAAACGAAGCAACAAAUUCUAUCCUACGUUGCCGGUGUUCCAACCUAUGCAAACGUGGAUGAACAGUUUGACUUCCAUCGAGACCCAUAUCGGAGAGGCUACGCCAACCCCCAAAGCCCCGGCGUACAGAUAUCGGAUAGAAAGAAUGAUAUACAAUACCCAAGUGCAGAAGAAACUGCCAAGGCGACAGACGAGAUACAAGAGGUUAUUGCAAAACUAUGCGCGGCUAUUCGACAACGUAUGCGACAACCUCGUCGAACAUCGCUAUCCGCAAUCUAUAAAUUAUACUGCCAACUACCUGAACCACGCAUGUUGUACCUAACGUGGCAAUGGCGAACACGACUCAUGAAAGUUAUGGGUACGCCCCGAACAAAAAGCAAGUCAGGCAUGGUUCGAUAUUUUGAGCUUGUGUCCGACAUCCGAGAUGCUGGUCUCACAAUGCGACUGGCAGAGUGGAACUACGGUUUAGCAUUUGCAUCAUCAUACGCCUCAAAAACGACAUCUUAUGAGCUUGAAACAACACUGAAACUCUGGCGCGAAAUGGAGAAAGAACAUGGUCUCCCCGGUAAUGAUGUGACCUUUAAUAUCUUAUUCGAUGUUGCAGCAAAGGCUGGCAACUACGAUCUGGCCGACAUGAUCUAUCAAGAGAUGGAAAACCGUGGUAUCGACUUUAAUCGGUACCACCACGUCAGUUUAAUCCACUUCUUUGGGCUCAAACUUGAUGCGGAUGGCUUGCGCUCAGCGUACAAGGAAAUGGUUGAGUCUGGUGAAAUGAUUGACACUGUGGUACUCAACUGCGUCAUUGCCGGGCUUUUGCGAUGUGGCGAAGAAAUGGCUGCCGAAUAUACCUAUGAAAGAAUGAAACAGGGACAUGUACUGGCACCCGAUAUGCCUGAGCGAGACUAUAUGUUAGGCAGAGUCAUUACCAAGGUUCUGAUGAUGUUUACCAAGAUUGGAAAAGUUCAUCCACAAAUCAAGGAUUCGCUGCAAACCAACGUCCUCAUAUCACCAGAUAUCCAUACCUACAGACUCCUCAUCGAACAUUACGCAAUUCGAGUGGGAGACAUUGGUAAGGUAGCGCAAUAUCUGGAUGAGAUGAAGGCUCUCAAAAUCCCUGUUCACGCAACCAUUUUCCUAGCCUUGUUCAAGGGUUUCUUUUCCUAUGGAGGCUACGAGGGUUCGCUGUGGAGCGAACAACGUCUCCAAGACGUGUUGAAUGCCCUAUAUCUCGCACGAGAUGAAGAAACGUCCGAAUUCUUCAUUGACACCUGGGUCGUUAUCUGGGCACUCCGUGCGGUGAAAAAGUGUUCUUCUAUUGAAGCGGUCAUCGAUACGUUUGCUGCUCUUGAAAAGCGCUGGGAUGUCGUCCCUGAUCGUCAAGUCUAUAUGCAUGAGAUAUUCGACAACAUCUUGCGUGACAGGGACGUACAUCAGACUUGGCUAGAACUGGAUAGCUCCAAGACGAGAUCCAGUCGAAUGAGGGCAAGCUUGAACAAGAUGAUUGAUUUCUAAAUACAUAGCAUAGCCUGUACAUUAUGUAACAUUAGUUUUGAUAUUUACUUGCGUCAUCACCUGCAUAGAGCCGAAAAGGCAUUAA